GCGGGGACGGGGUGCAAAGGUCACCUGUCCAAAGGUCAGCGCUGGCCAGGAGAGCCAGAAAUGGCCCAGGAUCGCAGCCUGAAGAAGGUCGGCCUGCUGGGCUACGGGCGCCUUGGUCAAGCCCUGGCGGCUCGGCUGCUGGCCGAGGGGGCGCGGCACGGCCUGGAACUCAGCUUUGUCUGGAACCGGGACCCCGGGAGGCUGCAGAGCACCCUGCCCCCCGCCCUGAGGCUCCUUGACCUCAGUGACUUGGGGGAGAGGAGUCCGGAUCUGGUGGUUGAGGUCGCUCACCCCCAAAUCAUCCGGGAUUUUGGGGCCCAGAUCCUGAGCCAUGCUGACCUCUUGGUGGGGUCCCCCUCGGCCCUGGCCGACCGGGACACGGAGCGGCGGUUGCUGGAGGCCUCGAGGAAGUCGGGCCGUCGGGUUUUUGUGGCUCGGGGAGCCUUGUGGGGAGCGGAGGACAUAGCGCGGCUGGAUGCGUCCGGGGGGCUGCAGAGCCUCUCCAUAACCAUGGCCACGCACCCUCACGGCUUCCGCCUGGAGGGGCCGUUGGGCGAGAGGCCCCCGGAGGGGCCCCGGACUGUGCUCUACGAGGGGCCCGUCCGGGGGCUCUGCCCCUCGGCCCCCCGCAAUUCGAACACCAUGGCUGCCGCUGCUCUGGCCGCCCCGAGCCUAGGCUUUGACGGCGUGGUCGGCAUCCUGGUGUCCGACCUCAGCCUGGUCGACCGGCACGUGAUAGACGUGGAGCUGAAGGGACCUCCGGGGGCCAGCGGCCAGAGCUUCUGCGUCCGGACCCGGAGGGAAAACCCGGCGGAGCCUGGGGCGGUGACCGGCAGCGCCACCCUCGCGGCCUUCUGGCGCAGCCUCCUGGCCUGUGGCAGCCGCGGCCCCUCGGGGCCUGGGAUCCAGCUGUGCUGAGGACCGGGGCUGCCCGCCACGCGCCAGCCUCCCUGUCAAUAAAGUGGGGGUCUUGGCUCCAAUGGAAAUCUC